AUGUGCUGUAGUAGCAGUAGUGGCUCCUUGUCUCGUCUAGGCAUCACUCUAGGUCUACUCUCUCUAGUCACUCUGGUCACAGCAUUCGUCAGUAACGUGUGGGUCUACACUCAAGAACCUGUUAUUGUCCCUGUUACCCACGCCUCUACUACAAUCACUUUCCGCAUAGGAUUUUGGCGAGCCUGCCCUUCUGUCAGCCGCGUCAACAUUACUGGACACGUGCCUUCGCCAGCUUGUCAGCUGAUCAAGUACUCCCCCUGGGACGAACUAUACAGUUCAGACCUCGGCGUCGUCUGGACACCGCUGGAAUUCACCCCUACCUUCGUCUCUAGGAUGAGAUUCUCAAUGCCAUUCGCUGCGGUGUCGCUGAUCCUCACACUGUUGGCUGCAAUGUUUGCAUUGAUGGGUCAUUGCAACACUGACCACAAGACUCUCGUGGCUUGCGGACUCUUCACUUUGGCAGGUCUGACGUUAGCCAGUGGUCUGGUCGUAUUUGUCUCCGUGUUGUCCGACGCCUACCAAGACCGGCCUCGACGUCCCGGCGCUACCUCCCCCUUCCACUACCAGUACGGCUGGUCCUUCGUGACGGCUGGGGCGGCCUUCGUCCUGGCCGAGGGGGCGGCGCUGCUGUCCAUGACGUCAUACCUGAAGCGCUUCGCCACUGUGGAGGACAUGGUCCGUACCAUGGUACCAGGAGCUGACAGACGUCUCCAGGAGCGACAGCUGUGCAAGGAGUAUCUCGUCAAGAGGUCUAGCUCUGUAUUGAACCCAGACAUGCUGCACAAAGGCGAAGCUUUAGACACCAGCGAGGAAGGCUGCGAUGGACCUCUCCUCACCUCCAAGACUCCUCCUGACAUCUGCUCUACAAACACCAUCCUCCAAGAGCCGACGACUGUUCCCAUCACCCUAAUGCACAAGAGGCCGCAGUUCCCCGGCCAACCCAUAGCCUUCCAAUUUCCCACCACGGACUUCCCAAGGUACGCCACCAUCGGAAGCUGCACCAUCGUGCACCAAGGAGUCCUAGGGGUUUCCGAAGGAACCUCUUCGUCCUCAGGCUCUUCAGCGUCUUCCGCAGGUGUAGUGACGUCAUCAGGAAGCUCAGCGUCUAGUAGGAAGUUCCAGUCGUUGCCUAGAGCGAGAAAGAUGUCCACUCCUUCUGGGUUCUCCACCUUGAACACCAAGAGGAGCGGGUCGCCAUCCAGCCUGAGUCAAGGGUAUUGCUCGGGCGGAACUGGAUGUCAGCCGAUAGUGAUUCAUUCGGACGAGGAAAUAGUGUAGAAGAAAAGACAUGGUUCAAUUAUAUUGCUGAUUUAUAACUUUAUAUUAUAAAGAUAGGCAUUUAUACUGAAACAGUGUACACUAUCAAAAAUAUUUGUUUGGUUUCGGUUUAAAAUUAACUAAAAUAUAAUGGGUGUUACUCAUCAACAUGUUCCAGUAUAAUGUGUCGACCAAGUUCAGUUAUACCUAACUUUCUAUGAGGAUGUCAAGUGAUAUGCAUAAAUUAAACCAAAUACAUUCAUUAAUAAGGAUUGUAUAUAUUUUGGUUCACGAACUUUUUCAAACUAAUUACUCUUGUAAAAAUGAGCUACAGGGAUAGAGUUGGAUAUUUUGUAUUGAAAUGUGUAAAUAAUGUUUUUACCACUUGUAUUAAAUAGAUGUUAGUUGGAUGGAAUUAAUAAAUAUUAUUUACGUAA